AUGGGCAUCUUCUCCAACGGCAAUGUGACAAAUGGCAUCCCCACCGCAAAGCCCAGCACCAGCCUCUGGGACCUCGAUGCGUCCCAAGUGAAGGUGACCUUGACCGACGCACCGAAGGUGAUCCCACCCCUAGAGUCACUAAAGUUUGGCCAGGUCAUGACCGAUCAUAUGAUAGUGGCAACUUUCCAUCCUCAGACCGGUUGGUCCAUCCCAGAAAUUAAGCCAUACGGACCCAUCUGCCUAGACCCCGCCAGCUCUUGCUUCCAUUAUAGCACUAGUGUCUUCGAGGGCAUGAAGGCCUAUAUGGGUGCAGACGGAAAGACCAGAUUGUUCAGGCCCGAGCUUAAUAUGGCGCGCAUUAAACGAUCCGUAGACCGCGUUGCUCUCCCAGCAUUCAACACUGGCGCACUCAUCACCCUCAUCAGACGGUUGGUCACCAUCGAGGAGCGCUGGAUACCCAAACUUUCGGGAUACAGCCUCUACAUCCGUCCCACUGUUAUUGGGACACGACCAGGCAAGCUCGUCUUCCUUACUUCCCUUGGGGUCACAGCAUCUGACCAAGCUAUGCUCUACGUCAUAUGCUCACCCGCCGGCCCCUACUUCCGCUCGGGUAUGCGCCCAACGUCUCUGCUCGCGGUCGGCGAGAAUGUUCGCGCAUGGCCCGGGGGUACUGGAUGCUACAAGCUCUCCUUGAACUACGGGUCAACAAUGAAGCCGCUCAAAGACGCAGAGAGGCAGGGAUACAACCAAGUCCUGUGGCUGCUAGGCGAACAAGUGACGGAAGCAGGUGCAAUGAACUUCUUCGUGGUAGUAAAACGAGAUGACGACGGCUGGGACGUCAUCACACCAGCGUUGGAUGGCACGAUCCUCCCGGGUGUCACGCGCGACUCUUGCCUCGCCCUCAUGGCAGCGCAUCCCUCGCGCACAAUAUUACCCCAAAUACCCGAUGGAGUGUGCUUGCACCCGCAGGAGCGCACAAUCACAAUGAGUGACCUUGUGCAGUGGGACACAGAGGGUCGUCUGCUUGAAGCCUUCUCGGUGGGCACAGCAGCGAUCGUCACAGCCGUAGGGCGCAUAGGAUACAAUGGCAAGGACAUUCGUAUUCCUGACUAUGAGGGUGGACCUGGACCUGUGGCGAAGGCACUAUAUGAGCGGAUCCUAGAGAUCCAAGACGGCCGGGUCAAGUGGGAAGGGUGGUCGACGAUCUGCGCAUGA